AAUGCAACGUAUGUUUAUACGAGUGAUUAUCCUGCAUAUUAUCAAUACCAACCAAUAUUAACGACAACAUCAUCACCCAAUCAGACCACUCAGCCAUCAGUAAUAAAUAAUAAUUCAACCUAUAUAAUUCAACAAACGCAACAGAAUUCACCAUCUUCCAUUGAUGAUGAUAAUAAUACACAGUUGGCACAUACCACUCGGGCAUCUCCUGCCACGAUACAAUGGUUAAUAAAUAAUUACGAACCAGCCGAUGGGACUUCACUACCGCGAUGUACUCUGUACAGUCAUUACAUCAACUUCGUUUGGGAAAUUGAUUCGGUCGAAAUCGAUCGUGAAGCUUUGGGAUGUGGCGAAGUGCCGCAGGUAACAUUACCGGAUAUGCACGCAUUGUGUGAUUAUUUAGAGCCGUUGGGCCUGCAUGUGCAGCACGCGAUCACCUUCAUUCACGCUUAUAAUGACAAUUGUGCUGAAGUAUUACAAUGUAUAAAACAAUUACAAUUUGAUGCAGUAGAAGGGUGUUGGUUAUCGUUUUGGCAGUGUGAUGGCGGCAGUAGUGAGGAGUUGGCUGGUAGUGAUAUUGACAGUGAUAACAACGACAACGAAUUAGUGCCACUGGCUGCGAAUGAUGCUGCUGCUGCUGGGUUCAAUAUGGACUUUGCAUUUUAUCAAGUCAUUGUCGAUGUACUUAUACCUGAUGUGUUAGCAUCGAAUAUGUCUAGUCAAUUAACAGUACAAAUUCGUAACUUUGCGAAGCAGUUGGAAGGAUUGAUGCGUAAAGUGUUGGUGGCAGCACCGGAUAAAGUAGUGCAGUUAAAAGUGGGCACGGUUCGAUUGUUAUCGUCAACAUUGCGCAGAUACACAUCUCUGAAUCAUCUUGCCUCUGCAGCGAGAGGCGUUUUACAGCGGGUUGAGCAAACACAACAGAUGUAUGUCGACUUUACUCGACUCGAUGUGAUGAAUAUUCAUGAUCAGGCCGGAUGGGUAUGUGAUUGCGAUGCAGUGCUCGUGUCGAAUUUACAAACGGAUUUUCGUGAGAAUCUUCAGAAGCAGAAAAGUUUGGAACAAUGGGCCGAUUGGAUGGAAGCCGUUGUUGAUCAGGUAUUGGCGAAGUGUCACGAUAAACCGCUGAAUGUGUUGGCAGACGUUGCGAAGCAGUUUUUAAAGAAUUGGUCAUUCUAUAGUUCCAUGAUAAUCCGUGAUCUAACGUUACGAUCCGCGCAAUCGUUUGGAUCGUUUCACUUGAUUCGGCUGCUUUACGACGAAUAUCUGCUGUAUCUGGUCGAGUUGAAACUCGCGAAAAGGGCCAAUAAACCAGUUUUAUCAAUAAUGUCUCAGACAGCAACGGUACGACGUGAGCCUAUAGCAGUUGCAAGUGAUGAAAAUAAAAACAAUGAAUAUUAUUACAAUAUUUAUUUGGAUGGACGAUUGUUGAAAACGCCACGAGGUAAUCAACUAAAUGUGAACUCGGAAGCAUUAGCUCUGUUAAUUGCAAACGAAUGGAAUACACAAAAGAAUGUACUGGAUAUAAAUUGUAUGCGAUUAUGUGGAUUGCAGUUCACUGCGAUUGAUAAUCCUCUCAAUGUGCAAAGGCCGAGCUGGGACUUAACUCAUGGUUGUUUAUGCCUUUCUUGA